AUGACGUCCCGAAGAGAUUGGUUCUCGGAUUUCAAUGAGAACACAAGUACGACAAUUCUUCUUGGUGAUGAUCACACUGUCGAAGCAAAAGGGUCUGGAUCUAUAAAGAUGAAGACAAAUGGAGGAUCCAUCAAAGUUUUGAGGAAUGUGAGGUUCAAUGAUUACUGCAAGAAGUUUGGCAUUGAGCGUCACAGAACGUGUACGUAUACGCCGCAACAGAACGGCGUUGCAGAGCGCAUGAACAGGACCAUAAUGGAGAAGGUGAGAUGUCUGUUAGAUGAAUCGGGUCUUGGUGAACCGUUUUGGGCUGAAGCAGCUGCAACAGCAGCUUAUUUGGUGAAUCGAUCUCCUUGUUCUGCCAUUGAUCACAAUGUUCCAGAACAGUUAUGGCUGACCAGAAAACCAGGCUACAAUCAUUUGAGAAGGUUUGGAUCAGUUGCUUAUGUGCAUCAGGAUCAGGGAAAGCUGAAGCCAAGGGCUUUAAAAGGUGUGUUUCUGGGUUAUCCUCCAGGAACCAAAGGUUACAAAAUCUGGUUGUUGAAUGAAGAAAAAUGUGUGAUCAGCAGGAACGUGGUGUUUCAUGAGAAUGUGGUCUUCAAAGAUUUGAAGUCUGAAGAGAAUCAAGCUUCAGCUUCUAAGGCUCUGCCGGCACCAACGGUCUCUACAGAGACGUUUAUCAGGAUAGAGGAUGAGGACGAUGUUGGUGCUCAAAAUGAGCAUGUUACAGAAAGUGUUGAUGCAGGUGGAGAAACUCAAGAAAACGCAAGCAGCUCUGAAUCCGAUGAAGCAGAGACAGAAGACGUUUCUGCUGAUGCUGUUGAUCUGACAAACUAUCAACUAGCAAGAGAUCGAGGUAGAAGACAACCUAAGCCACCAGCUAAGUUUUCGGAUUACUCUGAAGUUGCAUUUGCUCUCCUCACAGCUGAAUUUGUAACUUCAGAAGAACCAAGCUGUUAUCAUGAAGCAAGAAGAAGCAAAGAUUGGGUGAAAUGGAACGGUGGUAUGACAGAAGAAAUGGAGUCGCUAUGGAAGAAUGGAACAUGGAUCAUUGUUGAUAGACCUAAAGACAAAAAGGUCAUUGGUAGCAGAUGGUUAUACAGGUUAAAAUCUGGUAUUCCUGGUGUAGAAUCAGAAAGGCAUAAAGCAAGAGUUGUUGCUAGAGGUUUUACGCAGAAAGAGGGAAUUGAUUAUCAAGAAGUGUUUGCACCAGUAGUUAAACAUCUCUCCAUACGAAUUCUGAUGUCAUUGGUGGUUAAAGAAGACUUAGAGCUGGAACAGAUGGAUGUGAAAACAGCAUUUCUGCAUGGUGAGCUUGAAGAAGAACUUUACAUGGAACAGCCAGAAGGUUUUGUGGUUGAUCCAAAGAAAGAUCAAGUGUGUUUGCUGAAGAAGUCUCUCUAUGGGUUAAAGCAAGCUCCACGGCAAUGGAAUAAGAAGUUCAAUGCAUUUAUGAUGAGCCAAAAUUCACUCGCAGUGGACAUGACCCAUGUGUCUACGUGA